AUGGAAGUGAGUAAAGACAAGAUGCAUCGGCUCGAUAUCCUCAACAAUUAUGAUAACUGGUUGCUAUUUAGAAAGAUAGCAUUCGUAACUAGUGGAAGUCGAUGCACAAAUCUUGAGCUAGAAAAGGUUGUUAAGGAGAUUAUACAAAAAUCAAUCAAAGCGAUUGGAGGAAUGUUGCUCUAUAAAUCACAUUAUCAUGAGUGGAAACGAAUUACGGAUAAUGUUUUAGAUGAAGUGGGAGAAAAUGAUGACACGGUUUUAGGCCAACCAGAUCAUGCCAAUUACAAGGAUGUUGGAUUCGUUGAGUUGAGAAAUCUCGAUCGACUUAGGAAACUUGGACUACACCUCGUUUGGGAUGAUGAGAUUGGAGAUCGUAAGGUCGGUGCUUUGGUGGUAGAGAUAUGGAGGAAGAUUGAGUAG